AUGGAGGCAUAUAGAGCAUUUCGCGAUAAAGUUCGUCAGCCUGUUCUAUCAACGUAUAAUAUCUUGGGAUUCUUAAGUAGUGGUACAUAUGGUCGUGUAUACAAAGCAUCACUCAAAAACUUGCCAGCAGGUUAUCGACAUCCAUCAGGACAGCAUUCCAACUCUAGCAUGAACGAUGAUGAGACAUCAGGGCUGGUGUUUGCUAUCAAGAAGUUCAAACCUGACAAAGAGGAUCAUGCAACGUACACAGGUAUAAGCCAAAGCGCUAUGCGGGAAAUUGCAUUAAAUCGUGAAUUACAGCACGAGAAUAUCGUUCAAUUGAGAGAAGUUAUUCUGGAGGACAAGGCGAUCUACAUGGUCUUUCAUUAUGCCUCACACGAUCUGUUGCAAUUGAUCCAUCAUCACAGCACAGCUUUACGAACGCAAAUCUCUCUACCCGUUCUCAAAUCAUUGCUCUUUCAAUUGCUCAAUGGCGUUCAUUAUCUUCAUUGUCAUUUUGUCUUACAUCGCGAUUUGAAGCCGGCAAACAUUCUGCUCACAUGCGAUGGUGUAGUUAAGAUUGCUGAUCUGGGUCUCGCACGCGUUUAUCAUGCUCCUUUGCAAUCACUAUAUUCCGGUGAUAAAGUGGUGGUGACGAUUUGGUAUCGUGCUCCAGAGCUAUUAUUGGGAGCUCGUCAUUACAAUUCAAAAAUUGAUAUGUGGGCAAUUGGCUGUAUUUGGGGAGAAUUAUUGGCACUUCGACCAAUGUUCAAAGGAGAAGAAGCAAAAAUGGAUCCAAAAACAAAAACAACACCUUUUCAAAGUGAUCAAAUUUCACGUAUUGUGGAGAUAAUGGGAAUGCCCAAUAAAGAACGUUGGCCGGAUAUUGAAUUUAUGCCUGAUCAUAAACAUAUUUGGUCAAAAUUAAGAAUGGAAAAUUUUCCAAACAUUUUGUAUUCUUGGUAUGAACAAAGAGCAAAUUCAUCUUCUGGUUUUGACCUUUUUGAUGCUUUAUUACAGUAUGAUCCUAACAAGAGAAUCAGUGCAAAGGAUGCUCUUAUGCAUCCGUGGUUCCAGGAGAAUGAUCCUUUACCAACGAUGAACGCAUUUGCUUCUUUGCCAAACGGGAAUACAAUCUACCCUGCUCGAAGAUUGAUCAAAGAUGAAAGUGAUCCAAAGAUGGUAAUCACACAACUACCUGCACAAGGUUCAGGCUCGAACACUUUGACCGCACAAGCAGGCGGAGGUACGAUUCAUUAUGGUGCAGGAACAAAUACGGGCGCAGGAGCGACGGCAGGUGGUGGUGGUGGCGGUGUACAAGGUAUGAUGGGAAGCGGAGGAAAUGGAAGUAAUUCACUUGCUUCGAUCGCAGCUGCGGCUGCAAAUAGUAUGGCAGGAGGAGGUCAAGCACAUUCAGCUUUAGGUCAACAACCUCUUUCGGCAAGCGCAUUCUUGUCUGCCGUUGGACCUCCUGCUCCUCCUCCUGCUCCCGGUAGUGCAGGAAGUGUUGGUCCACCUUCUUCUCUCAAUAGUGUCGGACCAAGCUCUUCUAUCGGUCAAGCAACAAAUCAUUCUUCCGCUGCAAAUAGCAAUGCACCCUCAAAUUCUAGAAACAUAGGUGGUGGUGCAGGCGGAGGAUCAAAUUUGGUCGCUACUGCAACUGCUAAUGCGGCCAAUGCAGCUAAUCGACAAGCUAAACGAACCAAACAUCGUUAA